AUGCCCAAAGCUAUUGCAGGAUCGCCUGUGAUCGCCAUGUUUCGGCAUCCACCUCCGCGACCGUCAAGUCAGAAUGACAGCAAUUCGCUUAAACCACCCAAACCGCCAGAUCGUCCACUGGUUCCAUAUAUGAGAUUCAGUCGGAAAAUGUGGGCCAAAGUGCGCGCCGAAAAUCCAGAUAGUCAGUUGUGGGAUAUUGGGAAGGUGAUUGGUCAGAUGUGGAGAGACGCGCCGGAAUCGGAAAAAGCUAUAUAUCAUCAGGAAUACGACAUUGAACGGCAAGAGUAUGAGAAGGCAUUGAAAGCUUAUCACAACUCGGCUGCUUAUCAACAAUAUUUAUCGGCAAAAAAUAGAGCAAAAGUCAUCGAUAAAUCAAAUACAGUUGGCGGUGUAAUUGCUGCUAGUCGCGGCCGUUUGGAUACAGGAGGCGUUGUUAUUCAGCCAGUGGAGGAUGAAGAACUCAGUGAUCUCUCCUCUCGCCGAAUCGCUGCUGUUAGAUUCGAUCGAAAUCAUCGCCUCAUAGCGGAUCUCUUCAGUGGCAAUGUUGUCACUGAUACUCGAACAGUCCUUGCUCAGAAUCGCAUUGAGAUGUUGAAGAAACAAGCGACUUCAUUGGCUCUGCAUCAAAGCAAACUUGAAGAGGAAUUGAAGAAACUGAGCGAAAUUUUUCAAACCAAAAAGCGUUCAAUGGAAAUUGCAUCGGAAGAGUUCGCAGCAAAACUGAAAAAAGUAUGUGAAGAAAAACCGCAGCUCGACGAAGCAAAAUAUGCAUCUAUGGUCGAUGAUUGGUCGGAAAAGUUACUAAAUGCAUAUGAAGAUUACAAGACUAAGCAAGAAGCACUACGUGCAAAGCAAAUGGUAGAACGAGAGCAGCUGGCAGAAGAAACGCCGAUACUCUAUCGUCUGACUGUAGGUGAUUCAUCCCCUUCACCUAAGAAUAAAACAGCUGAUGAAGUUCAAUCACCAAAAGUAAUAAGCACUGAGCCUCAACAGCAGGUGACUAAUAAUACUUUCACUUCUGCUGCUGAUACCUGUAUUUCAUCUAUUACUUCACCAAGUAAUGCCGUAGAUACGGGAACUGGAGAAGUCGAGAAGCUAGCACAAGAUCAGCAGUACAAGCAGGCUAAAGAACCAUCGACCGGUUCACCAACUUUAGAAGUGCCGGGAAAGAUUUCUUGA